CACUGGGUGUUGUGUGAUUGAAUGAGCGAGGAGGUUGUUGUUGUUUCAAGAAGGAAAUUCGAAUCAGGGCUUGUGAUCCGAAGCAGGUCUCAUUGGGGCAAGUGCGGUUAAUUUUUCAAAUUUACUCAACUUCGUUUGGUUUCCAAGAAAGUUUUUGCUUUUCCCAGAAGUUUUAGUCUUUGCUUGAAGAAAUUUGGGAGAAAGAAGAGAUCUUUGGGUCAAAGAUGCAGCAAGAUCAGCCGAAGAAGGACUUGAAAGACAAGGAUUUUUUCACUGAGUACGGUGAUGCCAACAGAUACAAAAUUCUGGAAGUUAUUGGGAAGGGAAGCUAUGGAGUUGUUUGUGCUGCGAUUGACACGCAUACUGGAGAGAAAGUGGCAAUCAAGAAGAUACAUGAUGUUUUUGAGCAUAUUUCUGAUGCCAUUCGUAUCCUGCGUGAAGUCAAGUUACUUAGGCUUUUACGGCAUCCUGAUAUUGUUGAAAUAAAGCGCAUCAUGUUGCCACCAUCGAAGAGGGAGUUUAAAGACAUAUAUGUGGUAUUUGAGCUCAUGGAGUCUGAUCUUCAUCAAGUCAUCAAAGCUAAUGAUGACUUGACCCGUGAACACCAUCAAUUUUUUCUUUACCAGAUGCUACGUGCACUUAAGUAUAUGCAUACAGCUAAUGUGUACCAUCGUGAUCUUAAACCAAAAAAUAUAUUGGCAAAUGCCAAUUGCAAACUCAAAGUUUGUGAUUUUGGACUUGCAAGAGUUGCAUUUAGUGACACUCCAAGUACAGUUUUUUGGACGGAUUAUGUCGCUACAAGAUGGUAUAGGGCUCCAGAGCUGUGUGGAUCAUUCUUUUCAAAGUAUACACCUGCAAUUGAUAUUUGGAGUAUUGGCUGCAUAUUUGCAGAGGUAUUGACUGGGAAGCCAUUAUUUCCUGGUAAAAGUGUUGUCCAUCAAUUAGAUGUGAUCACUGAUCUUCUUGGAACACCUUCACCUGAAACCAUUGCCGGAGUUCGAAAUGAUAAAGCAAGGAAAUACUUGACAGAAAUGCGAAAGAAACCUCCCGUGCCAUUAGCACAGAAGUUCCCAAAUCUAGAUCCUUCAGCACUUAGGCUAUUGCAAAGGUUGAUAGCAUUUGACCCGAAGGAUCGGCCUACUGCUGGAGAGGCACUGGCUGAUCCCUACUUUAAAGGCCUGUCCAAAAUUGAGAGAGAACCUUCUUGUCAGCCUAUCUCAAAGUUGGAAUUUGAAUUUGAGAGGCGAAGGGUGACAAAGGAGGACAUUAGGGAACUAAUAUACCGGGAGAUACUAGAAUACCAUCCUCAGCUGCUCAAAGAUUACCUGAAUGGAACUGAAGGCACAAAUUUUCUCUAUCCCAGUGCCAUAGGCCAAUUCAGAAAGCAAUUUGCAUAUCUUGAGGAAAAUAGUGGCAGAAGUGGCCCAGUGAUUCCUCCAGAACGAAAGCAUGUCUCACUUCCACGGUCUACGGUUCACUCAAGUACAGUCCCUCCUAACAUACAGCAGCAUGCGGCUUCCACUGACAACCGCCAAAUGACUAAUGAAGCUUCUAGAAAUUUUAGAGUAACAGAUGCGAUGUCCGGAACACAGUCCAAGGUUUUACGGCCUCCACCUAGAGUUCCAACAGCAAAACCGGGGAGAGUUGUAGGUUCGGUUGUACCAUAUGAGAGUGGCAGAAAUGUUAAAGAUACCUAUGAUGCAAGGACAGUUUACAGAAAUGCAGUCCUUCCUCCGCAAACUGUCUCACCUCAUUGUUUCUUCCGGACCAACAGCUUGAAUCAAGAGAAGUCUGGAGUUGAGGCUGGUAGGGGUUCUUCCCAUGUUAAAGCAGAACCCCAACAGUACAUAAUGGCUGCCAAACCAGUUCCUGGCAUGCCGGUUGACGUAAACACCAAUCCAUAUCACCAACCACAAGCCAAAGUAGAUCAAUUGACUGAUCGAAUCACCAUCGACGCAAAGUUGCUACAGGCUCAAUCCCAGUUUGGCGCAGUCGGUGCUGCUGCUGUUGCUGUAGCUGCACAUAGGAAUGUGGGAACCGUGCAAUAUGGAUUGUCUUAGCUGAGUAUUAUGUUAAUGUUAGAACGUGUCAUGCCAUUGCUAAUAUGAUGAGAGGCCCUUAGGUUGGGAAUGGGGAUUCUUGGGGGUUAUUGGGUUCUCUUCUUUGGAAGAGACUAUUUAUGUCCUUGUGUAAUUAUAUGUUAUAUCCAUUGAAUUUAGAAAUGCAAAUAAUUUGUUUCUCAUUGCUUUAGAAAUUUCCAUUG